UUGAAAUUACGACGCGAGAGUUACGAGUGUGAGGAACAGCCUAAAUUAUUUAAAAAACUUUUUAUAUUUUACAAUGUUUUGUAGCAAAUUAAGUGCCUAAAUGUUUUGAAAUAAGUUUUAAGAUUAAGCAUAAGUGUAUUAAAUGCUUUCGAGAUGUCGAAGAAUAAAAUAGCUGCUCGUAUUGACAGCCAAAGUGUAGAAGUUAAAACUAAGUUCGAUGCGGAGUUCCGUCGCUUCGCUCUGAGUCGUACGGAGAAGUUGAAAUAUGAGGACUUCAAAGGCCUGAUAGAGAAGUUGCAUCGUCUACAUGAUGUUGCCUUUCUCAUCUCCUACACGGAUCCUAGAGAUGGUGAUCUGUUGCCGAUCAACAAUGAUGAUAACCUGGCCAGAGCGCUGCUUACUGCGAGGCCGCUCCUCAGGGUCAUUAUACAGAGGAAAGGUGACAGUCUUGAAGAACUCAAUGGCUAUGGUACAAUGCGGCCUAGGAACAUAAUCUCGUCCAUCCUGAGCGGUACUCCAGCGAAGAAUAAAGGACUGGCUAUAUCUAAUCCACACGAUUUUAGAAUGGUAUCAGCAAUCAUAGAUGUAGACAUUGUACCAGAGACAUGUAGAAGAGUGAAACUCCUUAAACACGGCUCUGACAGACCCUUGGGAUUUUUUAUAAGAGACGGUACAUCAGUGCGUGUAACACCGAACGGUGUGGAGCGCUCCCCCGGCAUCUUCAUAUCGCGGCUAGUGCCCGGCGGACUCGCGGAGUCAACCGGACUGCUGGGCGUCAACGACGAGGUGCUAGAAGUUAACGGAAUCGAUGUCUCUAACAAGACAUUGGAUCAGGUGACAGAUAUGAUGGUGGCUAACUCUUCAAACCUGAUAAUAACAGUCCGUCCAGCAAACCAGCGCGCCGGUCCACCUCCACCCGAGACAGUGUCCCGCCACUCCCAGCCAUCCAGCGAACCUGAUGAUGACAGAUUCGAUCAAGAUGAACAGGAUGAGAUAGUGGACCUGACCGCUGUGACCUUGGAGGACCAGAACACUGAACCUUCCGCAUUUCAUAUCCCCGUUAAAGACGACGGCCAAGUUCUGCACCUUUAGUAUAUACUUGAUAGGUAUCGACGCGCGAGGAUACAAGCGAUUUUAGACCAAAACAACUAAGGAAUAAGGUUUAAAAUCAUAAAGACAUUACUACAGAAAAAUGCAAGCAAUUUUAUACUAUAAAAUCAAAGCAAUAAGGUCUAAAAUCAAAGGAAGAUGAUUUUAGACCAAUAUAACCAAAUUGUAUAAAGACAAUACUUACGCAGCAGUGAUUCUUAGAACACAAGCGAUUAUAAACUAAAAUUUCUAGACAAUUAAGACCAAAAUCGAAUGAAGGCAUUCCAUAGAACUACGAUGGGGUGUAAUUUUAGUAAAAAAACUAUUUUAACCCAAAAGUCAAAGGCAUAAAGCCUAAAAUCGCAUAAAGAAAGCUCAAUGCAAGCGAUUUUAAACCAACAAGUAUAAACAAUAAGACUUAGAAUCACAGAAAGACAUAAAACUAAAAAGAAAGCGAUUUUAAACCAAAAUAGUCUAAACAAUUAAGACCAAAAUCGCAUGCAGGCAUUCCAUAGUACUACGCUGCGGUGUGGUUUUAAAUCAAGCGAUUUUAAACCAAAAUUCACAAGCAAUAAAGCCUAAAAUCGCAUAAAGAAAGGUCCUCCAUAGUUACUACGAUGCGGUGUGAUUUUAAAUCAAGUGAUUUUAAACCAUAAUCUCUUAGCAAUUGGUCACAAAAUCGCAAGACAUUCCUUAGUGCAGUGCAGUGACCAUUCCAUUUAUAAUUGGCGUGUUGAUAGACGAUUAUACGCUUUAAUUACAUAUAGAUACGUGUCAAAAUAGUAUAUAUCGUUACGUCACAAUAUCGAUCAUAAGUUAGCAAUAAUAAAAGCAAUUAUUUCUUAGAACAUUUUAAAGUUAAUUCACAUUUUUUUUAA